AUGACCAACCGCGACCCCGAGUUUCGACAUCAGCUGGGCAAGUUUCGUCUUGAUUCUUCCUUCGCAUCGCAUGUUUCCACGCCUCCCCCUCCCCUACUACAUCCUGAAACCUCCCCGCUCUCUCAGCCCCCUUCCCUGACGACCCCGACAUCGUUGCAGCCACAGCAAACCCCAUCCCAUACCUCCCACCCCCAUCGCAGCAAACGUGUUUCAACGGCCUGUGACUUUUGUCGCAAACGGAAAAAGAAAUGUGAUUUUCGCUAUCCGAACUGUUCCGCAUGUACUCGCGCCGGGGUACGAUGUACGAUUCCUCCGCCGGGUCCCCAAGUCGCCAGUGCCUCCGUCCCGCGAGAUCAGCUGGAGAACCUUCAGAACCGCGUACGAUGGCUAGAAGAUGUUCUGCGACGCAAGACGGGCCUCUCCGUAGCCGACAGGCCAACAGGGAGCGCGCUGGAUGGGGAAGGAGAUUUGGACUGGUGGUACCAGGUACCAACGGUGUUAAUGGGCCGGGAUGGUUCCCGUUCAACGACGUCCGCGACAGUCUCAGCAUCCAGCCCAGCUGACUCGCCUGCUGUCGGGGCAGAACUGCCCAAUGUAGGCGAAAUAUUUCGAGAUCAGCUGGAAAAUCGACGACCAUCGGUUGCGCGCCCGGUUGCGUCUGCCCCGCGCGUUCUCCGCUUGGCCUCCUUGGAGGAAGCGGAACGAGUGGCCUCGCAGUACUUCGACGGCAUUGGCUACCAAUACCCAUUUCUCCAUCGUCAUGAGUUCUUUACGCAGUUACGACGCAUAUAUACUGGCGACGUGCCAUCGCCUGACGUGCUAUACACAUACCACAUCACAAUUGCUAUCGCCAUGCUGAUCAGUAAUGCCGAAGGCACACAAGCGAACGAGUACUACCGUGCGAGCCAGGAAACACUAUCACUAUCGUUACAAAACGAGGAUCUGUCGGCGGUGCGGGCCUUACUAAGCCUGGCACUAUGGACGAUGUUUUCCACGAACGGCCCGAGCGUGUGGCAUGUGCUGGGCAGCGCUCUCCGCCUAGCGACGAGUCUCGGUCUGCAUAAGGCUCGGAAUUCGGGCAAUGUGGUGGAGGAUGAAAUGGCCAAGCGAGCGUUCUGGAGUCUAUACAAUCUCGAUCGACUUGUUGCCAGCACACUGGCUCGACCGUUGGGCAUCGCCGACGAAGAUAUCAGCGUGAACUUACCGCGCGAGUUCAACGAUGACUGGGGCGAAGCGCCGGGGGCCAGUGCCAUGACGAUCCCAGUGCAGGUGGUGCGCCUGCGCCGGAUAUUCUCACGGAUUUACCGUUAUUUAUACAAUAACCAUCCUCCCCCUCCUCCCGCCGAAGUUUCCCUUACACUCCUUCACUUCCGGCAGGAGCUUGAUGACUGGCGUCGGAAUGCGCCCGUCUAUCCCCCCGCACUUCUGUAUUCAACCAGCUAUUACGAUUAUCUCUAUGCGACCACUCUGCUUCUCAUGCAUCGACCCAGCCCGCGAAAUCCGACACCGGAUGCGACUAGCAUUGUGAGCUGCGGCGAUGCCAGCAUUCAAGUCAUCCGAUCAUAUUGGGACAGCUAUUCCGUUGGGAAGCUCAAAUGGAUCUGGCUGACGCUGAGUCAGAUCUACUUUGCAGGGAUCACCAUCUUGUGGUGUCUCAACCAGAAUUUCCUUUCUGUCCGGGAUGGUCAUCCAGCGGCCUGGCAACCGAACGACCAAAUGAUGCGACGGGCCAUUCAGGCAGUUGUCGUGGUGCUGGAAGAGUUCGGCAAGCGACGGCCAGGAGUGGAACGCCUGGCGGAGUCGUUUCGCCAUCAUAGCACAGUCAUCUUCAGUCACUUGGCAUAUCAACAGGAACAGAUUCACAGCCAACCCCCGAGUCAGCCACCGCUACAACCACAGCUGCAGCAACAAAACGUUCUGGUGGCACCGCCGGUGCCGAUGGCGGCUACCCUGGACGAUGUGCUCCUUGUAGAUGGGUCAGGAAAUGUGCCCCUGAUCGAUGCGCAGCUGGCCGAGGAAUUGUUCUAUUCGUACGAUUGGUUUCAGGAAGAGAUGGCAACCUUUUAUACCCUGUGA